UGAGAUUGAAGGAAAUCCGGUUCAGCAGCAAAAUAACAGAGUCUCUCAGGUCCGGGGCUCUAAUUGUCUUAAUGUCGGUUUUUCGGUGGCGUUAAAGCACGAAAAUAAAACAUGUUAGCUGCUAGAGGCUUGUGAAGGAGGAGGGAGGUUUAUUACCGGCUACGAAUACCCGGUAACGUCUGCCGUGUGCUUUUGUUUCUCCGCCCACUCCGGAAAACUCAACCGAGUCGUCGUUAUUUUUAUUUUUACGGUGACGUGGAGUCGGACCCCGUCCUCUUCCUUUCCACACUGUCUCAUAUGUCAAUAGAAGUACUCGGUGCGCCCGCAUAUGAACGCAAUGGAUGCAUAAUACACCGGGGACACAGCGUUAAGAUGUUCAGCCGUGAGUCUUUACAUUGAAGGGCGCAUACCGGAGCAGAGAGGAGACCGUCGGGGCCUCAAGUGUGCGGAAUCCGGAGGACAGACAGGCUUUGUUGGAUCUGCAGCAAGCGGGAGGGACACACCAGUGAUACCGGGGUUAUGCACUGUGGAAUAGGAUACCUGCCAGGUGGCUGCCAGAGGACGAUGGGUCUGCACUGCGUCUUGAUCCUGUGCUUGUUCACAAGCUGGACAGCGGGCUACAAGCAAGGGGACAACGUGACUCUCUUUGUCAACAAAGUAGGCCCUUAUCAUAACCCCCAGGAGACGUAUCACUACUACACCCUGCCUGUUUGCAGGCCAGAGAAGGUGCAUCAUAAGUCCCUGAGUCUGGGAGAAGUGUUGGAUGGUGACAGGAUGGCAGAGUCAUUAUAUCACAUCCGCUUCAGAGAGAACGUUGACAAGAAAACUCUUUGCCAGCUCACCCUUUCAGAGAAACAGGUGGACCAGCUUCGCGAGGCCAUCGAGGAGCUGUUCUACUUUGAGUUUGUCCUGGAUGACAUUCCAAUCUGGGGGUUUGUGGGAUACAUAGAGGAGAGCGGCUUCCUGCCUCACAGCCACAAGGUGGGUUUGUGGACUCACCUAGACUUCAACAUCGAGUACAAUGGUGACUCAGUGAUCUUCGCUAAUGUCUCAGUAAAAGAUGUCAAACCUGUCCCUCUGGAGGAGGGGGCGGGUGCUGCCGUGGGUGGAGUUGGAGUCGGUGGAGGCAGCGUGACAGUCACCCACACCUACAGCGUGCGCUGGUUCGAGUCGCCUCUGCCUCAUGCCCGGAGGGCUGAGCGCCUCAGAGAUUAUUCAUUUUUCCCCAAAACACUGGAGAUCCACUGGUUGUCCAUCAUCAAUUCACUGGUGCUGGUGGUGCUGCUGCUGGGCUUUGUCAUCAUCAUCCUGAUGCGGGUCCUUAAGAAUGACUUUGCCAGGUACAAUGUGGAGGAAGAGGGCGGCUGUGACGAUCUGGAUCAGGGCGACAACGGCUGGAAGAUCAUACAUACGGACGUCUUCAGGUUUCCGCCUUACAAAAGCCUGCUGUGUGCUGUGCUGGGAGUGGGAGCUCAGUUCCUUACCCUUGCCACAGGAAUUAUUGUCAUGGCGCUGCUGGGAAUGUUUAACGUACACCGCCAUGGUGCCAUCAACUCUGCAGCUAUUGUCCUGUACGCUCUGACCAGCUGUGUGUCGGGAUACGUGUCAUGCAGCUUCUACACACAGAUUAACGGCCAGCGCUGGGUGUGGAACAUCAUCCUCACCUCGUCGCUAUUCUCCGCACCUCUCUUCCUGACAUGGAGUGUCGUGAACUCGAUCCACUGGUGGAGCGGCUCCACCCAGGCUCUGCCAGCCACCACCGUGCUCCUCCUUCUGGGUGCCUGGAUUCUGGUGGGGUUCCCACUCACUGUCAUCGGCGGCAUCGUGGGAAAGAACCGAGCAGGUAGCUUCCAGGCGCCCUGCCGAACUCGCAACAUCGCCCGGCAGAUCCCUACACAGCCAUGGUACAAACACACGGCUGUGCACAUGGCCAUUGGUGGCUUCCUGCCCUUUAGUGCCAUCUCAGUAGAGCUGUACUACAUCUUUGCCACUGUCUGGGGCAGAGAGCACUACACCCUCUACGGCAUCCUGCUGUGCGUCUAUGCCAUUCUCCUCUCGGUGGGCGCCUGCAUCUCAGUGGCGCUUACCUACUUCCUGCUGUCUGGCGAGGACUACCGAUGGUGGUGGCGGAGCGUGCUCAGCACCGGCUCUACUGGCAUCUUCAUCUUUGUCUACUCAGUUUUCUACUACCGGAACCGGUCCUCUAUGAGCGGCCUGGUGCAGAGCACAGAGUUCUUCGGCUACUCUCUGCUCACAGCGAUGGUGUUCUCACUGAUGCUGGGCAGCGUGUCGUUCUGGGCCUCGCUGGCAUUUAUUCGCUACAUCUACCGUAGCCUCAAGAUGGACUAGAUGUGAAAUAUGCGUACACACAGCUAUAAACACACAUUUCCCAUAGCACACAUGGACAAUCCUCAUUAUUUUGCUUUGUCAUACACAACACACACACACACCUCCUAUAGGGUCAAUGGGAGGAGAAACAGGGGCCUUUACCUUGAUUUGACAGGAGCUCAUCGUUGAAGUAGAGCUGUCAUUGUUGAAAUAAGCGGUAGUUGUUUUUUUUUGGAUGGAUGGACAAAUGAAGGGUGAGCUGGGGAGGGGGAUUAAAGGAUAAAAUGGAAUAUUUCAGUACAAAGGGAUGAUUGUAUCCCAUCAGGAGUGAAUGGAUCAGAUGUAUGAAGAUAUACGCGUGAAUGGAUUUAAUUGUUUUAUGAUGCAGGGCGGCAUCAUCUGCUCUCGUUCCUACUUCAUGGUCUAUCAAGGCUUGGCAGGACCUACACUUAUUCCCCGCAUUACAUGGGUUACCUGCUAUGAUAGCAACUCUGUAGUCUCGACUGAUAAUGCAGCAGUGUUGAAAUUUGCAAUUAUACUCCUCCACACUUAUGGCAGCAUAUUCAUAUAUAAUAGAAAUGUUUUGCACUGGCCCUGCCAAGCUCCACAUGGACCUGCAGUGGAUAUGAGAAACGAUGCCUUGUAGAUUAAAGAGUGGUUGCAAAAUUGUUGGUGAUGGGAGCAAUAUUGUCAUUGUAUUCUACGGUCACCAUUGUUGGUUCUGAUGUAAAUAGUCUUUUCAAUAAAAUGCUUUUAAUACAAUA